AUGGAAUUGCUUCUUUUACUCAUCACAAUGAUCAUAAUCACUCCAAGAACAUCAGGACUAAUUGGAGUGGUUAAUAUGAGGGAGAAAUUGAUGAACAAGAACAUGACAGAACUCCAACCAGAAUUUUUGACCAAGUUUUACACACAAACACUUGAUCACUUCAACUACAAGCCUGAGAGUUAUGCCACAUUUCAACAAAGAUACAUAGUGAAUUUCAAGUACUGGGGUGGUACCAAUACCAGUUCCCCCAUUUUUGUCUACACUGGAGACGAAGAACCUAUAAUAAACCCGGUACUUGGCAUUGGAUUCAUGGUUGAUCUUGCUUCUCGUUUCAAUGGCCUAUUGCUGUACAUUGAGCAUCGUUACUAUGGCGAAUCGAUUCCAUUUGGAUCCCUAGAGGAAGCUUACAGCAACUCUAGUACACUGGGAUAUUUCAGCUCAGCACAGGCUUUGGCAGAUUAUGCAGAGUUGAUUAUUGAUCUCAAGAAGAAUCUCUCUGCUCAAAAUUGCCCUGUAAUUGCUCUUGGUGGAUCUUACGGUGGAAUGCUUGCAUCAUGGUUUCGUCUGAAAUAUCCACACAUUACCAUUGGAGCUCUGGCAUCAUCUGCUCCAAUUCUCUACUUUGAUGACAUCACUCCACAAAACACCUACCAAAAAAUUGUCACCAGGGAUUUCAGAGAAACAAGUGAGAGUUGUUAUUUCACCAUAAGACAAUCUUGGUCUGAAAUUGACAGAGUUGCAGCUCAAGUAGAAGGACUUCAGAAGCUUAAUGAUAUCUUCUACAGUUGCAGGCCUUUCAAUUCAUCACAGCAACUGAAGGACUACUUAGGACUGUUGUAUGAAAGUGCAGCUCAGUAUGACAAUCCGCCGAGCGAUCCCAUCGGCGAUGUAUGCCGCCUCAUCGAUGAAGCACCUAUGGGAACUGGUGUUCUUGGUAGGAUUGCAGCAGUUGCCAAUGCUGGUGUUAUACUACCAUGCCAUGUUGCAUUUCAAUUCUUAUACAAUCAACAAUAUAAUGGUUGGGCAUGGCAGACAUGUAGUGAGAUGGUAAUGCCAGUCGGUAGUGGAGCCAAUGAGACAAUGUUCGAGUAUUCACCUUUCGAUUUGAACAACUUCACCAAGAAUUGCCAAGAACUUUUUGGUGUCACCCCAAGACCUCAUUGGAUCACUACUCAAUUUGGAGGCCAUAUGAAGUGGUUGAUUGCACAGAGAGAUAAAGAGAUCAGAAUCAUUGGCUUUUGGAUUGCCGAAUACAAGGCUAGACUAACAUCAACAACAACAUCAGAACCAUAG